CGAGUCGACAGGCAGUCAUGAGCUGUGACGUCAACUCGGAGUAGGACGAUUGUGUGCUUCUAUGACAGCUCUCUCGUCCUACUUUUAUCUUUAGUAGAAUAAUUUUGCGCUCAUUUAAGUCCAGGGUAACCACCAACUGAUAGAGCUAAAAAAAAAAAGUCUAAAAUUAUCGAGUGGUUUCCGUCAAGGUAUUUCGACAUUUCUGUAGUGUUUCGCCGCUGUUAUGCAUAUUAGCAUUAGCUCUGUAGCUAGCUGUUGUUUUUAGCAUUGCCAGUAGCCAACCGGAAGCUAGUUUUAGACCCUUUUAGUUUUAGUCUUUUUUUAAAACUAUAAUUAGUAUUUAGUGUUUCUUUGCCAGCAAUAAAAUGCCUGACAGCUGAAAGGGAGUUUUGGCUGGAGAUUUGACAUCAACGAUGACAUUAGCAGCAGAUGAGUGAUAAUCACACAUGCUCAGUUUUGAUGAUUGGGGCAAAAUGUCGUGUAAAUCAACCAAAGUGGCCCCCAGUGUUGACUUCGACCACAGUUGUUCGGACAGCGUGGAAUACCUGACGCUUAAUUUUGGUCCUUUCGAAACUGUUCACCGUUGGAGAAGACUCCCUCCGUGUGAUGAGUUUGUUGGAGCAAGGCGCAGCAAACACACAGUUGUGGCAUACAGAGAUGCUAUAUAUGUGUUUGGGGGAGACAAUGGAAAAAAUAUGUUGAAUGAUUUGCUCCGCUUUGACGUGAAGGACUGCUCAUGGUGUCGGGCCUUCACCACAGGAACUCCACCUGCUCCCCGCUACCACCAUUCAGCUGUUGUUUACAGCAGCAGCAUGUUUGUUUUUGGGGGCUACACUGGAGAUAUAUACUCCAAUUCCAACCUUAAAAACAAAAAUGAUCUUUUUGAGUACAAGUUUGCCACGGGGCAAUGGACUGAAUGGAAAGUGGAUGGGAGCUUGCCAGUGGCUCGGUCCGCACACGGCGCCACGGUUUACAGUGAUAAGCUGUGGAUAUUUGCAGGUUAUGACGGGAAUGCAAGGCUGAAUGACAUGUGGACCAUCAGUCUGCAGGACAGAGAGCAUGCGUGUUGGGAAGAGAUCGACCAGAGCGGUGAGAUACCUCCAUCUUGCUGCAACUUCCCCGUCGCUGUAUGCAGGGACACGAUGUUUGUAUUUUCCGGCCAGAGUGGGGCCAAAAUCACCAACAACCUCUUCCAAUUUGAGUUCAACGGCCACAUGUGGACCCGCAUUCCCACUGAACAUUUACUACGAGGAUCUCCACCGCCUCCCCAGCGGCGUUACGGCCACACAAUGGUCGCCUUCGACCGUCACCUGUAUGUAUUUGGAGGUGCUGCUGACAACACUCUACCCAAUGAGCUGCAUUGCUAUGAUGUGGACUCUCAGACCUGGGAGGUGAUCCAUCCCAGCCUGGACAGCGAGAUGCCCAGUGGGAGGCUCUUCCAUGCUGCUGCUGUGAUCCAGGAUGCAAUGUACAUCUUUGGAGGGACUGUGGACAACAAUGUUCGCAGUGGAGAGAUGUACAGAUUCCAGUUUUCCUGCUAUCCAAAGUGUACUCUCCAUGAAGAUUAUGGCAAACUAUGGGAGAACCGUCAGUUCUGUGAUGUGGAGUUUAUCCUGGGAGAGCGGGAGGAGAGAGUUUUAGGACACAUUGCCAUUGUGACAGCGAGAUGCCAGUGGCUGCGCAAGAAAAUCCUGCAGGCUCGGGAUAGACAAAGACAGAGGACCAAACAGGAGAGCAGUGCAGAGAGUGAUGAGGGGGCCACAGGAGGAGGAAGCCAUGUCCCAGGUGGCCAAAGGCAACUACUGGAGGUAUCAAUCAGGGAAGCAGAAGCCCAGCCUUUUGAAGUCUUAAUGCAAUUCCUCUACACAGACAAGAUCCUGUACCCACGCAGAGGUCAUGUUCAAGAUGUUCUGCUAAUCAUGGAUGUUUACAAACUGGCGCUCAGUUUUAAGCUCUCCCGCUUGGAGCAGCUGUGUGUGCAGUACAUUGAGGCUUCUGUCGACCUGCAGAACGUUCUCAGUGUUUGUGAAAACGCCAACAAGCUGCAACUUGACCAGCUUAAGGAGCAUUGCCUUAACUUUGUAGUGAAAGAGUCACACUUCAACCAGGUGAUCAUGUCGAGGGAGUUUGAACGUCUGUCCACGCCGCUAAUCGUGGAGAUUGUCCGACGAAAGCAACAGCCUCCUCCCAGGUUGUACUCGGACCAACCGGUGGACAUCGGCACCUCCCUGGUGCAGGACAUGAAGGCCUACCUGGAGGGAGGCGGCUUGGAAUUCUGUGACAUAAUUCUGCUGUUAGAUGGACACCCUAGACCUGCUCAUAAAGCCAUCCUGGCAGCUCGUUCAAGUUACUUUGAGGCGAUGUUCCGCUCCUUCAUGCCAGAGGACGGCCAGGUAAACAUCUCCAUCGGAGAGAUGGUUCCAAGUCAACAGGCGUUCGAAUCCAUGCUGCGCUACAUCUACUACGGAGAUGUCAACAUGCCUCCUGAGGAUUCUCUUUAUCUGUUUGCUGCACCGUAUUACUAUGGCUUUUCAAACAACAGGCUGCAGGCUUACUGCAAACAGAACCUGGAGAUGAAUGUGACUGUGGAGAAUGUCUUACAGAUCCUGGAGGCGGCCGAUAAGACACAGGCCCUGGACAUGAAGAAGCACUGCCUCCACAUUAUCGUCCACCAGUUCAUCAAGGUUUCCAAGCUCCCCAACCUGCGAUCCCUCAGCCAGUUGCUGCUGUUGGACAUCAUAGAGUCUCUAGCGUCACAUAUAUCAGACAAGCAGUGUGCCGAGAUGGGCUCCGACAUUUAGGACAAUGGCAAGAGCUGCUCUUUUGUUCAUUUCUCCCUCCUCUCCCUUAAACUGUUUACAAUGUCUCCACACCAUUCCUCCCUUUAUUCUUUCAUUUGCAUGUUUCAGUCUCCCUAACACCUCCUUCGUUUGAUCGCUCUGUUCCUCAUCAGUGUUAUUUAUUUUGUCCGCACAUUUUGCAUCCGUAUGUCCCUUUUCUGCUUUUACCAUCAAACUACAUAACUGGUGUUACUGGCUGGAUCUACAUCGUUACAUGAAACAUUACAUCAUAAGUAGCAAUGCUUAUCUCACUACAUUUAGGAUAUUAAGUUGGGGUGUCCCAAUCUGAUCAGCUAUCGGGCCGAUAUCACCCCCACCCCCAAAAAACAAGCAUCAAAUGAUACCGACUUGCAUCUAAAGUCUCUGACACAAGCAGUCCUGCAGAGUGUUUACUUGUGCAAAACUGGACAGCCAGUUAAUAUCUAAUUGUCCUCCAAUAAGCACACAAUGUUGGUCUUUUCUUGUAUUUUGUUCAAGUCAUUUACAAAAGGUAGGCUGUAGGCUACUAAAAGCUAGCAGCUACACAACAGCUAAGCACACAAGCUAUACACUUGUAAUAAGUGUCUUUAUUUGAACAAUAUUGCAGUCAAACACACUACAUGUGUCAAUAUAAACAAGUAUUAAAUAAAUCUACUUCCAUAUUACACAUACAAAGUCUAAGGAAGAAGCGUAUUAGAAAGUAUCCAGUAACAAGCGUGUCCGCAUCAUUCAAUUUACUGCAUCAUAAGUCAUGUGCUAAACCUAAUUAUUGUGACCACUUGGCGUCGCCAUAAACAAUUACCACUCCGUGAAAUUAAAUUAAAGACAGCAUAAUCCCCGCCUUCCGCCCGUGUGCAGCUGAGAUAGGCUCCAGCACCCCCCGCGACCCUGUAAGGGAUAAGCGGUAGAAAAUGGAUGGAUAAGUCCAUUCCAGACGGUGAAUAAUAAAUAGGUGAGUGUUUUUCAUACCAAAAUUGUUCUCUGUUGUAGUAAUUUCACUAGAUCAAACCUUUUCUAGCAUUCCACACUACAACAUAAUAAAAGUAUGAAUGAUUCCUGUUGUACUGGAUUAAUAUCGGUAUCGGAAGUGAAAAGCUGGAUCAGGACACCCAUAAUGUUAAGCACCAUUUGCAUACUUUAUUCAUGUUUAACAAUGUAUAUUUAGCCACAUCUGCAUUUACCCAUGUGUGUUUUUUAUGCCGUUUGUUGGUAGUGUCACUAACCCAUAAAGAACACAUACAAGUUAGAUGCACACAUCCAUAUGUAUGUUAUGUCCAGGGGUAUUUGGACAGUAACAAGAGUUUUUAGGAUUUUGCCCAUGUCCCGAAUGAGGACAAGCACAACAAUAUCUUAAAUAUCAAAUAAUAAAAAAGGCAAAUAACUCAUUAGUCAAGGUCCAAAUAUUUCUGGAACUAACUGUAAUAAAUAUAAUAAGUCCAGGAAUAUUCUGUAUGUUACACGCCACAUCCUGGAAAUCAUAUUUCAUCAUAUUGAGAUGACAUAUUUUAUUGUCAACUCAGGACACAAAGCAUUGAAAUGAUGUUUAGCUCCAUUGGCGGGGUAAUCUCAAUACAGUAUAUAUUAUAACAAAACAAUAUAGCAAUGCAAAGAAAUACAAUAUGGAGAAAAUGUUCAAAUGUAAAAUUUCUAAAAGGGUGCAUAAGCAUAAUGCUUUUAAAGUCAGUACAGUAUAUGACUUAUUUUGUUUUAUGCCAACUAUAUUGGAUUAAAGGAGUGUAAAGGUGACUUUUUGAGUGUUAUUUCAUGUCUAGGGGGUUCUAAUGAUGAUAACAACUGUAUUUAGAAGGCUGUAAACUGUUUUUCUAUUCUCUAGCUAUAGAAAUAUGUCAUGAAUAUAAUCCCACUUUGUGGAAAAACAUGUAUCACGGAACUAAUUAACAUCGACUAUAUUGUAGGUCAAUCUUUGCAACAUUAAACAUUAGGGGGGCUGGAAAAAAUUCAUUCAUAUCCAAAUGGCAAGUUUAAUUUAUUCUGAUUUUGAAUAGAUUCAUCAUUUUCAAGAAUUGAUUUUCAUUUUAAGAAUUAGUUUUUCCUAACACCAGCAACAAGUCAAGCUUUGGUAACGUCUUUUAAAAAAAUAUUUUAUUGAAAUAAAUCAUCAGAGGCGGUAUAGCUCGGUUGGUAGAGUGGCCGUGCCAGCAACUUGAGGGUUCCAGGUUCGAUCCCCGCUUCCGCCAUCCUAGCCACUGCCGUUGUGUCCUUGGGCAAGACACUUUACCCACCUGCUCCCACUGCCACCCACACUGGUUUAAAUGUAACUUAGAUAUUGGGUUUCACUAUGUAAAAGCACUUUGGGUCACUGGGGAAAAGUGCUAUAUAAAUAUAAUUCACUAAUAAUUCACUAAUAAAUCGAGAGGAUCGGAUUGAAUUGAGAAUCAAAAUUGAUUCAAAUUUGAUUUGAUUUGAUUAAUCAAAUUGUCUAAAAUUUGAUUGACUUUAUUUCAGAAACAUACAGUAUACAGGUAUAUUAUUAUUAUUUAUUUAUUUAUUUAAUUAGAAUGUAUUUAUUUUAGCACUGCGUAAAUGUAAGUAAUUGAUUGUUCAUCUGAUUUGAUUAAGCCUUGAUAAUAAUCUUUUUGAUUAACGAAUGGUUUCAUAUCAUUUGGCAAGGUUGUAAACUGUUUGUUUUUAGGUUUUUAAGUUAAGUUUGUCAAACAAAAAAAAUCGAUUUUCGAAUAAUCUUAAUUCUUAUUUAUAACGAUUCUUAAUCGAUUAAAAAAAGUCAAAAAUC